AAAGUACAAAAUGUUGCUUUUCGUUGGGAUACAACGCCACACAAUCGCCACAUUUAUAUCGAGUUAAUGUAAGCGCUUCUCAUGUGGACUCUCGUAAGCAUAACAACGAGUACGUUGUUAUGAUUUCGUUUCCAACGGGAUACAUAGUACAAGAUAAUCUAUCAUCUCCUUAUUCAUAUGUAUCAUGUUUAAGAAAAGACGAUAGUAAUUUUGCAUAUAAAUGUGAUUCAAAGGACAAAUUGACUUUUUAUGUUGAAAUGACUAUGUUAAUAUCACAAUUUCCUGAAAAUAAUACUCUAUCAGCAACUGUAUACAUAUAUGGUGACCAAUGUAAUCAGCAAGAUGUCUGUCCGGAUCUUGCUGCUUUAGCUGAUUCUACUAAUAAUAAUGAUAAGGUGUCUCUUGGCCCAUUUGGUUCUUGGUCGAAAGUCGGUGUAGUUGUCUUUGGGUGUGCUCUAGUCUUUAUUCUAUUACUCGUUUGUUUUGUAAUAGUUAGAAGAAAUGCUAUCGCAAAUUUAAACUCGAAAAGGUCAACUUAUCUUCAUGAAGUUCAUGACGAUCCUAAUCAAGAUUCUCCUUCACAUAUUGUGAACGAUGAUAAUAGUAUUACUUCAACUAAUUUUGGGAACAAGACUUCAUUUAGAAACAUGCAUAAUUCGAAAUCGACAAUCGAAAAAAGUUCAAAUGAUGAUUUUAACAAUAUUAAGCGAUCUGAAGUACAAAGAGCAAAAAGUAGUAGGAAAAAACAAUCUGAAUUUAAUGUUUAA